AAUGAUGUUGUCAAUAUUAAGAGUACAGUACAGUCUCAGCGCCGCGGGAUAACAGAAGCCUCGCACUAUGAGGGUGCUGUUAGUGUUAGGCUUUCUGACGGUUUUGGCAGUGGUGCAUUCACGACGUUUACCCGCGAAACGUCUAGAAAAAAGUGCAGAUGUAGAAGCUAAGGAUCAGCAAAUUGCUGCGUCGGAACAUAAAAAAGAAGCGCCACAGAACCAUGAAUACAAAAAAGGAGGUGGAAAGGAGCAUCACGCACAUCAUCACCAUGAACACGACGAAAAAGGUGUGAAGGGGUACAAGGGACAUCAUCAUCACGAGAAGGGUGAAAAGGGACAUCACGAUAAGGAGCACCACAAGGGCGAGUAUGAUGACCAUGGUGCCCACAAAAAAGAACAUCACCACGAAGAUGGCCAUUACGACGAGUUCCACAAAGGUGAGAAGGGCGAGAAAGGACACAAGUACGAAGAAAAGGGACAUUACGACAAGGGCCACUCCACCAAAGGACAUCAUGAAAUUCACAAACUUGAUGAAUUCAAAAAAGAUAAACACUUCUUUGAUGAAGAGGGAGAUUCAGGCCACGAAGAGAAACACGGAGGUUUCCACGAGGAACAUGGCCACAAGAAGGGCGGCCACUUCCACAAAGGUCAUCAUCAUGGAGGCCACCACGAGAAAGAACACGGUGAAAAAGGUUUCCAUGAAAAAGGCGGUCACCACCAUGAGCACAAAGGACACAAAGAGGCCGGUGGACACGAUUCGCACCAUCAUCACCAUCAUGACCACGGCAAGAAAGGCGACCACGAGCACCAUAGGAAAUAUGGAUACAAAAAGGGUCACUGAGCUCAACUGCUGGCUGAGUGAGGAGCAGUCUCUGACAGACGACGCUAGUAAUUAUGGACUUAUUUAUUUUUUGGUUAUUUAUAUGGCGGCGAUACAUUCCGUUAAAGACUAUGUGGCAACAUACAAAUAAUUUUGUAGAUAAUUAAUAAUUAAAUUAUUAUUUUUUAUACUAAGUAACUACAUAAGUCAUUGAAUAAAUAUGUACAGCAUAAAA